AUGUCGCACUUUCCCACUUUACAUAUUUUGAUCCUUGUGAUAGCCAAUCUACAAAUUCAAUGCUUCGCUUUUGUUUCGCAGAGUCGUGGCUUCUGUGCGACCAGCCCGCCCACUGAAUCCCUCAAGGCAGAGUACAGGAGAUUGAGCGCACUAGGUUUCCAGAAUCACAACCCUGUUGAUUCCGAAAGUCGGGCGGCAGUCGCCCCGAUUGAGAUAGAUACGUGGUUUCACAUCGUUACUGGUGAAGCGGAAACCGAAUCGAUCUCAGAUGAGAUGGUUGCUGAUCAGCUUUCUUACCUCCAGAACGCAUACCAAAAUGCUACAAUAUCUUACCGCUUACAAGGCGUGACCCGCUCGGUAAACGAUACGUGGGCUCGCAAUGAGGACGAAAUGGCAAUGAAGACGGCCCUUCGCAGAGGGAGUUAUAGGACACUUAAUGUUUACUUUCACACUGAUCUCCAGGGGUCUGCAAGCGCGGGUGCCAGGGCUUCUGACAUCGUCCGCCGCGAAAUGGGUGCCUCGCAACCACAAUCUACCAGCAUGCUUGGCUUUUGCACAUUACCUGACCCGAGCAUAAACGCUAGCAGCCCCCGAUCUACUUAUAUUAAAGAUGGCUGUAAUGUACUUGCGGAAACCAUGCCGGGUGGUUCUCUCGUACAUUACAACAGAGGCGGUACCGCGAUUCAUGAAAUAGGUCAUUGGAAUGGUCUGCUGCACAUCUUCGAAGGAGAGUCAUGCUCGCCCGAUAACGAGGGCGAUUUCAUCGCAGACACGCCGCAGCAAUCCAAGCCCACAGAAGGGUGUCCUGCCCAGAAAGAUUCAUGUCCAGAGCUCCCAGGGCUUGAUGCUAUCCACAAUUUUAUGGACUAUUCCUCUGAUGAGUGCUACGAUUCCUUUACUCCGGAUCAGGUCAGUAGGAUGCGAAGCAUGUGGUUUGCGAUGAGAGAUGGGAAGUGA